AUACAUUUAAAAGAAAGAAAGAAGAAAAAAACAAUGAUGAUGAUGAUGAUGAUGGUGAUGAAGGCGAUGAAGAAGAAGUCUAUUGUAUUGGGGCAGAUGACCCAAUGGCAAGAGACAAUCUCACAAUUGUGGUAGAAUUCAUUCUCCUGGGAUUUUCUGACCUUCCCAACCUCCAAGGGUUUCUCUUUGCAGUUUUCUUUAUUAUCUAUAUAAGUAUACUUAUAGGAAAUGGCCUCCUCAUUAUCAUAACCAAGAUUGACCCAAGCCUCCAAACACCAAUGUAUUUUUUCCUUGGAAACUUUUCUUUUUUGGAAAUUUGUUACACAUCAGUCACUCUGCCCAGAAUGCUGGCAGAUCUCUGGACCCAGAAGAGAACUAUUUCAUUCCUGCAAUGUGCUGUACAAACUUGUUCCCUUUAUAUUCUAGGAGUGGCAGAGUGCUUGCUCCUGGCUGUGAUGGCAUAUGAUCGUUACGUAGCCAUCUGUAAGCCUCUCUACUAUCCUCUGAUCAUGAAUCGCAGGAUUUGCAUCCAACUGGUGGUGGUGUCCUGGAUCUUUGGAGUCCCGGUACUGGUAGAGGAGACAUAUCAGAUUUUCUGUCUCAAUUUUUGUGGUCCUAAUAAACUUAAUCACAUUUUCUGUGAUGCUCCACCAUUGCUGGAAUUGGCCUGUGGGGACACAUAUAAAAGGGAGAUCUCUGUCCAUGUUGCUGCAUUGGCAUUUGUCAUAAUUCCCUUUCUGUUGAUCCUCACAUCCUAUGUCAAAAUCAUCAUUACCAUCCUGAGACUUCCUUCAACCUCAGGGAGAUCCAAAGCCUUUUCCACCUGUUCUUCUCACCUCAUUGUUGUAAGCUUAUUCUAUGGGUCUGGUAGUAUUGUGUAUUUGAGGCCAAAAUCCCAUCACUCUACAGGAUCAGUCAAAGUGUUUGCUCUUUUCUACACCACUGUGAUCCCAAUGUUUAACCCUUUUAUAUAUAGCCUGAGAAAUAAAGAUGUCAUUGCUGCACUGAGAAAACUAUGUCCUAAGUAAAUCAGGUCAGAGAAUCAUGAGCAAAAUAUAUAAAGUGUAGUUUUAUUUUAUUUUAUUUUACUUCAUAGUUCCUAUGAAAAAAUAUACCUGCUUAUUUUUUCAUUUCAAUAAAAUGUGCAUAAAUGAAAGUCAAUUGAGAGGUUGUAUUUGGAAAAUAUAAGAACCUGCCAAAGGUAUCUGUUUUCUUAUGCUAGAUUGUGAAAUAGCUGAACAAAUUGCUGUUACUUAUUUUUUUUUAAAUACUAAAAGACAUCUUGAGUGUAAUAAUAUUAUUAUUUUUAUUACUGACCUAAUGUCAUGUGGAUUUACAUCUUUUCAAAAAAGAUCAAUUUAAUUAUGUAUUGGAAGAAAGAAGAGAGAAGGGGAGAGAGAGAGACAGAAACAGAGAAAUAGA